UGACAGUGCCAACAAAGCAAUUAAGACACAAAUCCUAAAAAAUAGAGACAUUUUGAAACACUUACUUACAAGCUAACAUAAUACAGAUAUAUAGCAAUAUUCGGCGACUAGUUGGAAACCCCAGGUUGUACAUUGGAGGGUCUUAUCUGCGCGGAAACUGAUAGACUUACAGCAUAUAAUUUUGUAAAAAUGGCGUUGAAAUCGUUUACAGCAUGGUGGCUGUAUAUUUUUAUGAUAGCGCGGUUCUUGAUGACCGUUCAAGCACAGCCAAAAGGUUUCGCCUCCGAGGAAACCACAGGCCUCCGAUUGACUGAGCAAGCUGAAAAAGUGGAUGAGGCUGAGCAUGCGCACCGUCUGAAGAGACAACUGAUCCAAAAGGUUUUGUUGUACAACAUAAUCUACGUCGUUGACUCGUCCUCGUCAAUGAAGGAUGUAGACUUCCGGCAUGCAAUCGAGGCAAUAAGACUGUUAACUGCUAAGGCGAGACCGAAUACAAGAUAUGCAGCGGUGAUUUUCGCUACACACGCGCAAGUCAUAUCGACGUUUACAACACCAGCUGAAAUAGUGAGGAAGCUGAGAGCCGUGAAGAGACUGAGAGGAGGAACGAAUAGCUAUGCAGCUUUGAAGGCAUGUAGUGAACUUCUGAGAAAUUCUAGUUCUGGUCUCAAUCCCAAGGCACUCAAUAGAAUCGUCAUGAUCACAGACGGUCUCUUUAACAUGAAUAAGUUGGACUCAAUCAAACAAGCUUUUCAGCUCAAACUGAACGACACAGAUAUUUUUGUGAUCGCUGUAGGCCGAUACCUCUACGGUGCUCCGGCGAUAUCCUCCCUAGCAAGCACACAGGAAUCCCACGUGUUCAGGGUGAAAUCGAUGAAGGGGUUGGUUGACGUCAUCAAAUGGAAUCCCUACACAAACCCAUGGGGAUAAAGCACCUCUAGAGCCGUGAUGAUAGAUUACUUAAGGAAUAGACCCUGCUCGAGUUCCAAAUUACCGCUGUGUUUCUCGAUUACAGACUCAUUUGCUCAGGCUUAGCCUCGAAUCAGUGUCUAAUUACUCGCAAAU